AGAUGCUUACUUAUAAAUCUGAUCAUAUUAGAGCUCGCCAAGAAGUACUUGGUACCACUAUCAUUGGAGGAACAAUACCUAAACCAGAAGAUGCUCCAGAAUCUUUUCGAUUACUUGUUCGAGAACUACGAUCUUUGGCUCUGGAACUGAAUCAUUUCCUUGUAUCUGAGAAGAAUUUCCAGAUUAAUAGGAAGGAAGUUUAAUCGGAAUGAAUCACAAAAUUUCUUAUAUGAUCGAUCGGUAUAAACAUCAACAACUCCGAAUUGGAUUAGUUUCUCCUCAGCAAAUAAGUGCUUGGGCCACUAAAAAAAUACCUAAUGGAGAGAUAGUUGGAGAGGUGACAAAACCCUAUACUUUUCAUUACAAAACCAAUAAACCGGAAAAAGAUGGAUUAUUUUGUGAAAGGAUUUUUGGGCCUAUAAAGAGUGGAAUUUGCGCUUGUGGAAAUUAUCGAGUGAUCGGAGAUGAAAAAGAAGACUCGCAAUUUUGUGAACAAUGUGGAGUUGAAUUUGUUGAUUCUCGGAUACGAAGAUAUCAAAUGGGAUACAUAAAACUGACAUGUCCUGUAACUCAUGUAUGGUAUUUGAAACGUCUUCCUAGUUAUAUUGCGAAUCUUUUAGAUAAACCUCUUAAAGAAUUAGAAGGUCUAGUAUACUGCGAUGUGUGAUUUGAUCGAAAUUUUUAUUUUUAAGAAUGAUAAACUCUCAUCCCCUUCAAUCAAUUUGGGAUGCCCUCGAUCUGACAUGUCUCUUGAAAAGAGUAACAUGAAGCUCAGACUUGUGGGUGUAUUCAAUACUCCCAAAUAACAAGGGCGAUUGGUCUAUGGUCGAUUCAGUAAAAAAAAAGUACUUCAAAUUGAUAGUCGUACCUCGUGAAAAGAAGACCUUUUUUUGUCGAAUUAAGCAUUCCCUUAUCUUUCUAAACGAAAAGAAAUUUGGUUUUUUAUAUUGAAGUAAACAAAUAUGUCAUGGUUGGAGAAGUCUAUACAUCGCAUAUAAGCUUUAAGAAUAUUGUGGCAUAACCAUCGAGGUAACGCAGGACCUAAAAGAUCGAAUGGAACAAUACAUAGACAAAUAAAUCCCGUAUGAAUUCUAAGGCAUUCCUUUCACUUAAGGUAAAAAGUAUUCCGGCAUUCGAAGGGAAGUAGACUACUCAAGAAUUUGACAUUUUUUUCUGUCGUAAUUUUGAAUUCACUAAAGAAUCUAAAUAGAAAUCAAAGAAGAAUUAAUUGAAUCAAUGAAAUGGUGGUUGGUUUGCACUGAGAACUUGAGUAAGGCGUAGAUUCUUUUUGGGUUUUCACUUGAUUUUAUAAAAUACAAUUGGAAAGUGCGACCCCUUUCUUUAUCUUUAUUUGAUAUAACUACUUGAGCCGGAUGAGAGGAAACUUUCAUGUCCGGUUUUGAGGGGGGGAGAUCAUAUAGUGGACCCUAUCCCAAUUUUUCUUUUGCUAGGCCCAUAACGAAAAAACCUACUUUCUUACGAUUACGAGGUUCAUUUGAAUAUGAAAUUCAAUCCUGGAAAUACAGCAUCCCACUUUUUUUUACUACUCAAGGUUUCGAUAUAUUUAGAAAUCGAGAAAUUUCUACUGGGGCGGGUGCUAUCCGAGAACAAUUAGCCGAUUUAGAUUUGCGAAUUAUUAUAGAAAAUUCGUUGGUAGAAUGGAAACAAUUAGGAGAAGAAGGUCCCACGGGGAAUGAAUGGGAAGAUCGAAAAAUUGUAAGAAGAAAAGAUUUUUUAGUUAGACGUAUGGAAUUAGCUAAGCAUUUUAUUCGAACAAAUAUAGAACCGGAAUGGAUGAUUUUAUGUCUCUUACCGGUUCUGCCUCCCGAGUUGAGACCCAUCAUUCAGAUAGAAGGGGGUAAACUGAUGAGUUCAGAUAUUAAUGAACUCUAUAGAAGAGUUAUCUAUCGGAACAAUACUCUUACUGAUCUAUUAACAACAAGUAGAUCUACACCAGGGGAAUUAGUAAUGUGUCAGGAAAAAUUGGUACAAGAAGCCGUGGAUACACUUCUUGAUAAUGGAAUCCGUGGACAACCCAUGAGGGAUGGUCAUAAUAAGGUUUACAAGUCAUUUUCAGAUGUAAUUGAAGGAAAAGAGGGAAGAUUUCGCGAGACUCUGCUUGGCAAACGGGUCGAUUAUUCGGGGCGUUCGGUGAUUGUCGUUGGACCCUCACUUUCAUUACAUCGCUGUGGAUUGCCUCGCGAAAUAGCAAUAGAGCUCUUCCAGACAUUUGUAAUUCGUGGUCUAAUUAGACAACAUCUGGCUUCGAACAUAGGAGUUGCUAAGAGUCAAAUUCGUGAAAAAAAGCCGAUUGUCUGGGAAAUCCUUCAAGAAGUUAUGCAGGGGCAUCCCGUAUUACUGAAUAGAGCACCUACUCUACAUAGAUUAGGCAUACAGUCAUUCCAACCCAUUUUAGUGGAAGGACGCACUAUUUGUUUACAUCCAUUAGUUUGUAAGGGGUUCAAUGCAGACUUUGAUGGGGAUCAAAUGGCUGUUCAUGUGCCUUUAUCUUUAGAAGCUCAAGCAGAGGCUCGUUUACUUAUGUUUUCUCAUAUGAAUCUCUUAUCUCCAGCUAUUGGAGAUCCCAUUUCUGUACCGACUCAAGAUAUGCUGAUUGGACUCUAUGUAUUAACGAGCGGCACUCGUCGAGGUAUUUGUGCAAACAGAUAUAAUCCAUGUAAUCGAAAAAACUAUCAAAAUGAAAGAAUUUACGAAACAAACUAUAAGUAUAUGAAAGAACCCUUUUUUUGCAAUUCCUAUGAUGCAAUUGGAGCUUAUCGGCAGAAAAGAAUCAAUUUAGAUAGUCCUUUGUGGCUUCGGUGGCAAUUAGAUCAACGCGUUAUUGCUUCAAAAGAAGUUCCUAUCGAAGUUCACUAUGAAUCUUUUGGUAACUAUCAUGAGAUUUAUGCACACUAUCUGAUAGUAAGAAGUGUAAAAAAACAAACUUUUUGUAUAUAUAUUCGAACCACAGUUGGUCAUAUUUCUUUUUAUCGAGAAAUCGAGGAAGCUAUACAAGGUUUUUCUCAAGCUUGUUCAUAUGAUACCUAAUAAUAUGGUAUUCAUAAAAAAGAAUUAUAGGACACCCGUGUGAAUUCGGACCUCUCCGAGUCAACUCGGACAUAGUUCCUGACCUAAAAAAUCAAGAUCGAGAAAAGGAAGUUUUGCAAUCAUUGACUCAAACUCAUUGUCGAAUCCCAUUCAGCAGAAUAUGGAGGUACUUAUGGCGGAACGGGCCAAUCUGGUAUUUCACAAUAAAGUGAUAGAUGGAACUGCUAUUAAACGACUUAUUAGCCGAUUAAUAGAUCACUUCGGGAUGGCAUAUACAUCACACAUCCUAGAUCAAGUAAAGACUCUGGGUUUCCAGCAAGCAACUGCUACAUCCAUUUCAUUAGGAAUUGAUGAUCUUUUAACGAUACCUUCUAAGGGCUGGCUUGUCCAAGAUGCUGAACAACAAAGUUUGAUUUUGGAAAAACACCAUCAUUAUGGGAAUGUACAUGCGGUAGAAAAAUUACGCCAAUCUAUUGAGAUAUGGUAUGCUACAAGUGAAUAUUUGCGACAGGAAAUGAAUCCUAAUUUUAGGAUGACGGACCCUUUCAAUCCAGUCCAUAUGAUGUCUUUUUCGGGAGCUAGAGGAAAUGCAUCUCAAGUACAUCAAUUAGUAGGUAUGAGAGGAUUAAUGUCGGAUCCCCAAGGACAAAUGAUUGAUUUACCUAUUCAAAGCAAUUUACGCGAAGGACUGUCUUUAACAGAAUAUAUUAUUUCUUGCUAUGGAGCCCGUAAAGGAGUUGUAGAUACUGCGGUCCGCACAUCAGAUGCUGGAUAUCUUACGCGUCGACUUGUUGAAGUAGUUCAACAUAUUGUUGUACGUCGAACGGAUUGUGGCACUAUCCGAGGGAUUUCUGUGAGUCCUCGAAAUAAAAGUCGGAUGAUGUCAGAAAGAAUUUUUAUCCAAACAUUAAUUGGUCGUGUCUUAGCAGACGAUAUAUAUAUAGGUUCCCGAUGUGUCGCCUUUCGAAAUCAAGAUCUUGGGAUUGGACUUGUCAAUCGAUUCAUAACCUUUGGAACACAAUCAAUAUCUAUUCGAACUCCCUUUACUUGUCGGAGUACAUCUUGGAUCUGUCGAUUAUGUUAUGGCCGGAGUCCCACUCAUGGUGACCUAGUUGAAUUGGGGGAAGCUGUAGGUAUUAUUGCGGGUCAAUCUAUUGGCGAACCGGGGACUCAACUAACAUUAAGAACUUUUCAUACCGGUGGAGUAUUUACAGGAGGUACUGCCGAACAUGUACGAGCCCCUUAUAAUGGAAAAAUCAAAUUUAAUGAGGAUUUGGUUCAUCCUACACGUACACGUCACGGGCAUCCUGCCUUUCUAUGUUAUAUAGACUUGUCUGUAAUUAUUGAGAGCGAAGAUAUUAUACAUAGCGUGACUAUUCCACCAAAAAGUUUUCUUUUAGUUCAAAAUGAUCAAUAUGUGGAAUCAGAACAAGUGAUUGCUGAGAUUCGCGAGGGAACAUCCACUUUUCAUUUUAAAGAGAGGGUUAGAAAAUAUAUUUAUUCUGACUCCGAGGGCGAAAUGCAUUGGAGUACUGAUGUAUCCCAUGCACCCGAAUUUACAUAUAGUAAUGUCCAUCUUUUACCAAAAACAAGUCAUUUAUGGAUAUUAUCAGGAGGUUCUUGUGGAUCUAGUCUAAUUCUUUUUUCGAUCCACAAAGAUCAAGAUCAAAUGAACAUACCCUUUCUUUCCGUCGAAAGAAAAUCUAUUUCUAGCCUCUCAGUGAAUAAUGAUCAAGUGAGCAAAAAAUUUUUCAGUUCAGAUUUUUCUGAUAAAAAAAAAUCUGGGAUUCCCAAUUAUUCAGAAUUGAAUGGAAUCGUAGGUACUAGUCAUUAUAAUUUCAUAUAUUCUGCUAUUUUUCAUGAGAAUUCGGAUUUAUUAGCAAAAAGGCGAAGAAAUAGAUUUCUCAUUCCAUUCCAAUCGAUUCAAGAGCAAGCGAAAGAGUUCAUACCACAUUCAGGUAUCUCGAUUGAAAUACCCAUAAAUGGUAUUUUCCGUAGAAACAGUAUUUUUGCUUUUUUGAUGAUCCUAGAUACAGAAGAAAGAGUUCCGGAAUUCUUAAAUAUGGAACUCUAAAGGCGGACUCAAUCGUCCAAAAAGAGGAUAUGAUUGAGUAUCGAGGAGUCCAAAAAUUUAAGACAAAAUACGAAAUGAAAGUAGAUCGCUUUUUUUUCAUUCCUGAGGAAGUGCAUAUUUUACCCGAAUCCUCCGCCAUAAUGGUACAGAACUAUAGUAUCAUUGGAGUCGAUACACGAAUCACUUUAAAUAUAAGAAGCCAAGUCGGCGGGUUGAUCCGAGUGGAGAGAAAAAAAAAAAGGAUUGAACUCAAAAUAUUUUCGGGGGAUAUCCAUUUUCCGGACAA